AACCCUUUUCCCCCACUUUCUCCAUCAGCAACUUCUCCCUCUUUUCCUCACUCAUACACACACAAAAUCAGCCUUCAAGCUAUCUUCCAUGGCGGGUACCAGUGAUGCUUCCUCAAAAUCAAUCAACGUAGCCCGAGGCAGAAAGCGAGUCGAAGUGGAGACUACUUCCACUACGCUCAAACGAGCAAAAAAUGGCAGCGCUUUCACCCGAUGUGAAGCGUGCAACAAGGAUGUAGCUGUGGCGCUGAUUAGCAUGCACGAUUGUGGUCUUGAUGCCAAAAUUAAAAUGAAUUUGGAGGCACAGGUGGCUGAAACUGCUAGUGAACCAGUUGCUAAGAAACCUGCAGAGAAAAAAAGGCUAGUGAAAGUUGGAGACAAGAGAGUGAAGAAAGAAAAGAAAGUGAGGGAUCCAACCAAGCCUAAAAGGCCACCCACUGCAUUCUUUCUCUUCAUGGAUGAAUUCAGGGUAACAUACAAGGCAGCAAACCCUGAUAACAAAAAAGUUGCAAAUGUUGCAAAGGAAGGAGGUGAGAAGUGGAAGUCUAUGACAGAAGAAGAAAAGAAGCCUUUUACUACUAAGGCUGCUGAACUUAAAGAAGAAUACCAAAAGGCUUUGGGAGCUACAAAUGAUGCUGAAAAUGAAAAUGAGAAAACUGAAGUUGAAACAAUUGAAGAUGAUGAAGAAGAAGAAGAAGCUUCCCCAGAAAAAGAGGAAGUGAUUGCUGAUGAUGACUAGAAUAGUACAGAUUUUGAUUUUGGCUACUUGUUUAUGAAUCUUGUAUGAUGAUGGUUCAUGUUGAAUAGAAUAGAAUUUGAUUUUGGGUACCUUUUGUUAAUCCUUGGUUGCCUAUGGUACUAUAUAUCUUAUGUUGUUUUGACCAAA